CAGUCACUUGCAAAUAACGACAAGGGUCGUAACAAAAAAACUACACGCUCUUUAAGAAAAGGGGCACAUUUUAACCAGAUGCGGGGUAAUAAACGGCUGGGGCAGUGUUACCCUGCUGAGAAGUGAGCAUUUGCAUGUUAAAGUAUGAGAGAUGUGUGUGUUGAGAGGGGGGAGGGCUGUUUAUAAUAAUGACAAGAGGGUUUAUGCAUUCGGGAAGCAGGGGUUUGGGUUUGGGAUUUGUCCAAGUCUAGUCUUUUAAAAUGUUAAUUUUAUACACGCGCGAGACUCGUGUGUUCCGCCAGUAUAAAUGCGCGAGGAUUGGUCAACUUGAAAAGGGCGAGGCAAGCACGGCUUCUCUGUCACUCCUCACUUCAGCCUUGAGGUCUGACAUUUCCCGAGUUAGUGACUGCAAGUGUCCGUGAAUAUGCAGCAAGAAACCAGAAAACCUCAGCGGAUUUCUUCUUUUUCCAUCGCCGACAUCCUGGAUCCCUCAAAGUUCACAGGAAGGCAACGGGAUGCGCAAAGCGACAAACUUUCCGACUACAGGAACAAGAGAAGCUGCGACGAAUUAUCAGGUGAUGAAAGUGCUGAGGGGUCAGAUGAAGUUUCACCAGCUUCAGAAGCGAAGGAGAGCCCUCAUAUCAGAGGUAAAGCUAAAAUCAAGGGGCGGCGUAUGCGCACGGCGUUCACUCUGGAGCAGCUGCACGUGCUCGAGCGCAGCUUCCAGAGCAGCCACUAUCUGUAGAGCAGCUUCCAGAGCAGCCACUAUCUGUCCGUGUUUGAGCGCCACGUCAUCGCCAAGGCUCUGGAGCUGUCCGAGACACAGGUUAAGAUCUGGUUUCAGAACAGACGCACCAAGUGGAAGAAGGAGCAAGAGGGACGAGAGCUGGAGGAGCUAUACCAGUGCACCACAAUAGCACCGGUGGUUGUACCGACCACGCUGCCACUCGGUACCACCUCCUGCAACAGGUCGAGUCCGCUGCAUUUCUACUCGGCACGGAACCUUCUGACCACUUAUCCCACACUUGCACUGCUCUGAGGCCAGAUUCGACUCACAAACGACUCGGUUCCUUUUCAUCGACUCUUUGAAUUGAUUUUUUUUUUAUUAUUUUUAAAAAAGACUGAAGUGAAACGAUUCAAAUCGGACAUUUUGGCAAUUUAUUUGCUCCUUUUCAUUUUAUUCUGAUUAUGUAUUUCAUUGUUCGCCAUGUUCUAGGCUAACACGCAAAAAAAACAUGGGUUUACAUGGUGUGUAUUAUUAGCAGUUAGCAUUCAAACUAGGCCUUAGGUCUUAGUUAGCAUUCAAACUAGGUCUAAGACAAGCGUAGUCUUAGCUAGGCUAGCUAAUAUUACACAAACAGGAGUUUCAGCUUAGGAAAAUAGCUAGUUCAGAAUAACAGCAGAAUACUGUAGUAGUCAAAGUAGAUGCAAUAUAGUGAAUGUGGGACACUUUUUGGUAAAUGUUCCUGGAGACUAUAGACCAGUAAAACUAUAGCAGUUCAUUUUAGGCCUCAUUGAAAUAAAACAGCCCCAUAACCCCUCAAAUAUAUGAUAACAUGGCCAUAUUCUUCACAAAAGCAUUUUGUUCAGGUAAUGUGGGACACCUGGGUUGAUAAAAUAGGACAAUCUAUUUUGCUGUGAAUAUAAAAUAUUUAAUGUCAGACCUAUCAAAUGUUCAACUAAACCAAGUGUUAUGGCAAUAAUUCAACUACAAAUAUGGCUGUUUAACCAGAACUUCCAAGAGAACUUGUGAUGACCUACAUAAUUGAAUUUUACCCGAAGUUUGAUGAUGAUCUGUGUUGUAAAUUGAACAUUUGCAUAGUUCAAUUUCCUUAGAAACAAAUCAGUAAAUAAGUCGUAACGCCAUGGGUAGUUUACUGAACGGGGAAAACAAAUUGACUAGCCUGAGCAAGCAAGGUUGCUUAAGGUCACCUUUCUUUACAGAAAGUUCAUAAUGUAAUCCAUGUAUUUAAAUGUAAAGUAAUUUUAAGUUUAAUUUAAGUAAAUUGUAUGAGUUUAAUUUGCAUAUUUAUGUCACUUUUUAAUUAAUGUUUAAAUAUUUUGCAAGGGAGUUUAUACAUUUUAUUUCUUUGUUUAAAAAAAAAAUUUAAAUGUAUAUUUUUGCAUUCAGAUGUUUAUUUCUCAUUUGCCAUCCAAGCUACUUUUAAAUGACAUGAUUAACAUCACUGCAUGUGUUUUUUAGCGUAUAUAUCCAGUGAAUAAAAUUUAAUAAAAUAAUAAAAACACUUUAGCCUAUGCACCUAUUUAGUUCUGAUAUUAAUAACAGAACCAUUUGUGAGACUAGACAGACAGAGACAGAGACAUGCACAUAUGGAGAGCAGAUCAUCAAGACAGACAGGAUAUCAAAUAGUUGAGCCAUUCCAGCACACAAAAUUUAAAAAAAAAUGUUUGAAAUGAUUCCAGGUGAAAACAGAGGGACCACAUCUGUCUGCAAUCUACCAUAUGGUUUGUAUUAACUUUGGAUGUCUUGUCAGCAACACUGAUAACUUAGAUAUGUUUUCAUGGUUGUGCAAAGAGUCAAUAAGUGGUUUGUAUAAUGCACUAUAUGGCCAGAAGUUUGUGGACACCUGACCAUCACACCCAUAUGUGCUUGUUGAAAGUCACAUUCCAGAUUUAGUCCCCCUUUGCUGUUAUAUUAAGCUCCGCUCUUCUGGGAAGGCUUUCCACUAGAUUUUGGAGUGUGGCUGUGUGCUCAUUCAGCCUCAGGAGCAUUAGUGAGGUCAGGGACUGAUGUCGGGUGUGGAGGCCUGGGGUGCAGUUAGCAUUCCAGUUCAUCCAAACGGUGUUCAUUGGGGUUGAGGUCAGGGAACUGUGCAGAACACUCAAGUUCUCCCACUCCAACCUUCUCAAACCAUGUCUUCAUGGAGCUCGCUUGGGGCAUUGUCAUGCUGGAACAGGUUUGGGCCUCUUUAGUUCCAGUGAAGGGAAACUGUAAUGCUACAGCAUACAAAGACAUUCUAUACAAUUGUGUGCUUCCAGGGAUGGUCAGGUGUCCACAAAUAUUUGUCCAUAUAGUGUAGGUUAGCUAAGACGUGUGUCUGAACUCAGUUACUACCCACUAAAUA